AUGUCAGCUUCCAAGCUAGAAAAGGCGCUCUCCAACCUGGAGCAUCGGCUUCGGGAGGACUUCACGCGGGAGAUGAAGCGCACUGUCCGACAGCACCUGAAACCGGUCUACGAGCGCCUCCGCGACCUCGAGGUGCAUGUGCACGGCUUGGAGACCCGCCCUCCACCGCCACCGCUUCUCCACGCGGACACGGGCAUCGAAAGCAAGGGCAUCGAAAGCAAGGGCAUGUCUACGGCUGGCUCUAAGAAGCUGGAGGACGACUCCGAAGACAGCUUUCCCUUUGGGCAGGUAGUCAAUAUUGAUCUUGACGCCGCCAUUGCUGAGGAGGCUUUUGGGACAAAGUCGCUGGAUCUCUCGCAACAUUCGCCACCUGCAACGGAUGCAAAGAACAUCUCUGGCCUGAUCCCGCCGCCUGACCCCCUCGUGAAGCACGCCGAGCUGUCAGCCAACAUCGUUUCCAUGCAGGUAGCCACAGGGACACUGAACGACGCGGGCGAGAUGACCGAGAGCGCCUUGCAUCACCAGAGAGACCAGGGACCAUUGGAAGAGUUGCAAGCGGUGGACGCAUGGAGGUUCUUGCUGGGCAUGGACCCAGAAAGCUUUCAGGAAAAUGUGGAUGUUGUGGCUGCUACACCACCGCGCCCUUUGCUCCCACAGUACUCCUCUGAGAUGAUCACUGAGACUAUGGCAGGCUACAGUGAGCACGACAGGAUGGUGAUGACGAUCAGCUUUGUGCGCUUCAUUCGCAUGCUUAUGUCGGAAGUGGCGGCAGCGUUUGAACGUGGUGUACAAGCUGGGGCUGCGAGUGUACGCAAUGAGGUCCUAGUUGAUGUCGAGGUGGAGCGUGAUGACAGCAGCAGCCUCAUGCAGCGGACCCUGACGGGACAGUUCUUGGGUAAGCAAGGCAUGCGUGAAGCAUGGACACAGAGAAUCCAGAACCUCCAGGGGGAACUGGCGGGACAACCUGGGGGAGUGAGGAAUGCUAACAUCGAGGGUCUGCGAGCUCGCUUGGACAGGCACACUGAGGUGGACCAGAGCCAGAGAGACAUGUUGGUUGCAGUAUUGGUGGCGAUGGAAGAGGCAGAGGUUAUCGGCACCACCGGGGAUGUAGGAUGGCAACUGCGCAUGUGGAGUAUGCUCUUCCCUGUGGAGGAUGGGGUACAUGAGCCCAACUGCCCAGGCUCCUCUACAGAUGGCUUCGGAUGGGCGGUACCGGAUCCUGACUUGAGUGACAGGGAACUGCAACAGUUGGCAGAGGAUGAACGGGAAGAGCAACGUGGCAAGGCGAAAGAAAGGGCAAGGGCCAUGGCGGAACAGGCUGCAAGGGAAACCGAGGAGGCAGAAGAGCUGGAGUACAGGGUAGGCUUGGGUGAAAAUGAGAAGCCGGUGCAGCUAUCACCCUCGGCUUUCAAGCAAUGGGAGGAUUGGGAGUGGCAUCAGAUCAUGGUGGGUCCUCAACCCAAGCGGCAACGUACUGUACUGGUGGCGACCAUGAAUGGCAGGCCUACGGCGCAUGGACCCUGGCUCAGCAAGACUAUGAGGCUUCCGUUGCCGGCCUCCGGGGAGAUCCCGGCGGUGGACCUACGGGUGAGGUUUGAGCGAGAAGAAUUCCCAGACAAUGUGGACACGCUCAAACUUGGGAGCAGGCAGGAUGUGGGCAAUGGGCAAACGAACCCGGACGAGCAGGACACCCUCCCGUAUGAGACUUACAAGGACCUGGACCCGGAGACGGAAGUACCCACGUGCGAGGCUACACAAAAUGAAGCUACGCAAAAUGAGGACUCGAAUGCCGGCAGGAAUGAGGAUCAGAAUGUGGACGAGAAGGUCAAAGACGGGGCAGAGAGUGGAGCAGGGGUGGGCAGUCCGGUUUCGGAUGCAGCGGCUUCAGAGCUGCAGGAUCCUGAUGGUCACUUGGAGGGUUCGAUGUCGGCCUUGGACUUCAAGGACUAUGAGGUGCUUUAUUUGAGGUGGAAGAGGGGCAACCUAGACAACAACGAUGUGAUCGCUAUUGGAGGGCAAGGGUUGCUGGAGUUGAUGGAAGCACAGUAUGUACUUGACACAGAGACGCAGGACCUCGAAAUGAAUGAUAUCUCGAACCUCGAAAUGAAGGGCGCCGACGGCAUGGGCGCCGCAGUGACCAAGACAUCGAUGGAGGCCCGCGGCAUGAGCGCCGCAGUGGCCAGGAUGAGCGAGGCCAGUGGAACCGUGGCGGUGGUCAGCAGGGCGGCGAUGCAGGACAGUGGAACGAUGGUGGUCGUCAGCGCCAGGGUCUACGACAACAUCCCGGAGGGUGAUGAGGAGAGCCCGACCCCAAUGAAGGGACGCAGGCCCUCCUUGGCCUCGGAGGUCUCCGAGUCCACGGCCGCAGUCUCCACCGUCGACUCUGACAUGGUAGAGGAGCCUGUGGCGUUUCUGGAAACAGCGUGGAAUCUCGUUCUUGUCCUCGGUCACACGAACAGCGGGCCUGUCGAUAUCCUCAUCGCCGUUGUCUUGUUGGUUGGCAGCUUUACAGUGCAGUGCCUCUUCUUCGUGAUCUUGCUGUCUGAGAACUUCCUCGGUGAGCCUUUCGAAGAGCAACUCCAGAAUGCCGUCCUCUGGAGACAGACAGUCGCGCAUGAUUACAAGUACAUGGAUCCGGCGCAGACAAGCCUCAUCGCUCGUGUUUGUUCGGGCGACGGAAAGCUGAUCUUGUCGACGCAGCAAGCGCAGCUUCUGGAGUAUAUCAACCAGUUCAUGGGGCUGGGACCGAACGAUUUCGAGCCGCCCAUGAUGUCCGACGGCAUCAUGCUCUGCAUGAUGUGCAUCCUGCUUUGGUGCCUGUAUCUGUGCCAAGAGAUGAGAGCUGUCCUCUUUUCCUUGGAGGCCGUGUCGCAGCUGCCGAAGGGCCCGACCACCAUCUUCAUCCGAGGAGGUUUCAGGACCAUAGGAUACGGCCGGUUUGCGGCGUACUGCGUGAUGCGGAGCCUUCGACUUUGCAUUGCGGUCGGACUUCUUUACGCUGGUGUUCAGUGGCUCUCUGCGACCAUCUCAAUUACAGAGUUGAUCCUGAACGCAGUGGCAUUGUCUGCCGUCCUGCAGAUUGACGAGAUGGUCUUCGCCGCCCUCAUGCCCAAAAAGAUUCAGAUUUGCAUCCAGGACCUCGAUGCUAUCAAGGUGAAGUACAGCAAGUUUCGAAGCCAAACAGAGUCCAUGAUGCUCUUGGCCUUGAUUAUGGGCCUGCUUCUUUGGCCGUACAUUUGGAAUGUGGGCCCUCUCGGGGAGAAGAUGCUCGAGGUGAAGAGAGCGUACUGCGAUGGCAACCAGAACUUUGUCGUCGGAUUCAACAGCGACCAAGGGGUCACAGUGGGACUGGUAACGGUGCCGUACGUCGAGGACCAGUCAAUUAAGUCGGUGAGCGAGAUCGCCGUGGCCGAUUUCAAGGACCUCCCCAUCGAUGCCACCUCGAACUACAUCUACUUCCAGAGGGACCUCCCAAACUUCAACACGCAGCUGACGCAACCCAUGGGCUUCCGCGCGUACCAUGAUGCGCAGUGCAGAGAUUGGGACACGAUUUAUCUCACCAAUGCCACGCACGAGUUUCAGGAGUUCUACCGCGCACACUUCUGGUCAGCCGUGCUGUGGAGCGAGUUGGGCGAGACUGCGAAUUGCUCUGAGAUGGCCCAGUUCUGCAGCUCCUACGAUGGCCGACUGGUGCGGAACGUCUGCCCGAGGAGCUGCGGCUGUCCGAGCCAGUAUGCGCAGCCAUGGAUGAUGGUCAACGCAGAGGGAUGUCCCACUGGCUGCGAGACCGAGCUCACUUUGUCCAUGCGGAGAAACCCCUGCGCGGAUCGGGAGCUUUCCGAGAUGAAGACAGACUGGGACUUCUUCUGGGACCACUAUGUCCCGUACAUCAACCUGAAACUGCAGACAGACCUCCUUUCGCAAGCCAGUCUCUCCUGGCUACCAGACUUCAUCCAGAACGUGAAGGAACAGGGCUGUGCAGGCAUUACGGAGCGGAACGGAAUCGACCCGCUGUUGCGAAACACAUGGUGCGAAGGAAGCGACUUGAUGUACCGGCCGCUGGCCUACCUCUGCCCGCAGACCUGCGGCUGCGACACCCUCGAUCCUAUGCCAUCCUACUGCCCGACGAGCUGCGAGGGGUGCGCCGAUGCGGCGGAGUUCCCGAGCGGCCUGGGGACGAUCACCAACUGCGACUUGGCAAAGGAAGCCGGCCUGUGCGAGGGCAUGCCAGAGCAGGCGGUCUUCUUUUGCGCAUCGACCUGCAAUCUCUGCCACCUGUUGGGAUGA